AUGAAACAUAAUCACGCAUUAUCUACUGGACAUUUUAGAAAGACUUCUUUGCGUUAUAAGACUUGGUUUAAACAACCGAUUCAAAAGCGAAUUAGACGGGAGCGAAGAUUGGAAAAGGCAAAAAAGAUAGCACCUAUGAAUGUUGAGCAAUUAAGACCGGUUGUACGUUGUAAUUCACGUCGUUAUAAUAUCAAGGAGAGAUUAGGACGUGGUUUUUCUUUUGCGGAAGUGUCUGCUGCUGGUUUAACGGCUACUCAGGCUAGAGAGUUAGGUAUUGCUGUUGAUGGCCGGCGGUACAGUUACUCUGAGGAGGGAGUAGCACGUAAUGUAGCUCGGAUUAAGGAGUACUUAAGUAAGACGACUGUGUUUGCUUCAAUGAAGGAGGCUCGUGAAUCUGGUAUGGAGCAACAUCGUGGAGUUAUUAUGCCGGCUGUUCGGGCUAAGCCAGUGAUUGAGUUUGUGCCGCGUAGUGAGGUAGUGGCGGAAGCAACUGCUUGUGCUACUAUGAAUGCCUUGCGUAAUGAGUGUAUUUCUCGACGGGCCUCUAAGGAGAAGUCAGGAUUGCUCCGAGAGUUCCCCAUGACGAAGAAGUAA